AUCCAUUGGGAUCUUCCCGCGCAGGUUCGAAUCCUGCCGUCAACGUGAUAUUUUUCUCCUGUGGUUGGCAAUGCUCAGGCGUUUACAUUGUAUCAUAGAUAUCCAGUAUCUGUUAUUGUAUCGCUAGCUACACGGUAUCAAUCUUUACCUACUUGAAAUGAGGUUACGUCUGUCAAUCAAGCACUCCUGUUCAUGACAACAGUCAAUAAGCAGCAGUACCCUGAAGCUAUGGCGGACGAUUUGGACGAAUUGCUAGAUGAGGUUGAAACAAAGUUCUGUCCCAAUGUUUCGUUGACGCCACAACUUCAAGCUCCCUCGGAUUUAUCGACGGCUGGGAAAUGUUUAACGCAAACUGGGAAAGAGAGAAAACACCGCACCACUGACGAUACACCCAGAAAAACGGACAGCGAAGAUAUAGAUGCCCUUCUUGAGGACAUACUUGACGAUGACUUCGAUUCCCUUGAGCUAAACACUGGACAACUUCCUAAAACGACAAAGACGAAGUCAUUGCCACAGGCAACAAGAAACAGGUGCUGCCCAGUUUUCCUUGGUGGAAGCUCGAUUGCAAAUGGUGUAGGAACAGCUGUUUCACAAAGGUCGUGUGAUCAGCUGAGAUGUAUCUCCUGUGACUUUCGGGUGGCCAUGUUUGACGAUCAUGAAUGGGACCCCUCUUGUGAUUACCUCUUCUUCAGGAACAACAUGCCAGACUGUCAGAAGCUGCGGGCCAAGCUGAGGAGAAGAAAAGGGGCGCGGGCGUACGCCUGCCAGUGUAGCUGGCACUCUGCUCGAGACCUCACUGACCUGAGAGAACAGCACCAGCUCAAGUGGGUCUGCGGGAAGCAUGAAGAGGACCUGAGCCCUAGGACCAUGCCUCAGGACUACCUGGCCUGAUGACUCCUUGCUGUUCCCAGUCCACCUGGUCAUGCUGCUGCUCCAGAUUCAACUGUUCUGCCUGCGGCUAUGGAACUCUGACCUGUUAACUGGACGUGCUACCUUGUCCCGGACCUGCUGCUUUGGACUCUCUCUCUACCGCACCUGCUGUCUCUAACUCUGAAUGAUCGGCUAUGAAAAGCCAACUGACAUUUACUCCUGAGGUGCUGACCUGUUGCAUCCUCUACAACCACUGUGAUUAUUAUUAUCUGUCCCUGCUGAUCAUCUAUGAACAUUUGAAAAUCUUGGCCAUGUUCUGUUAUAAUCUCCACAAGGGCACAGCCAGAAGAGGACUGGUCACCCCUCAGAGCCUGGAUCCUCUCUAGGUUUCUUCCUAGGUUCUGGCCUUUCUAGGGAGUUUUUCCUAGCCACCGUGCUUUUAAAUCUGCAUUGCUUGCUGUUUGGGGUUUCAGGCUGGGUUUCUGUACAGCACUUUGUGACAUCGGCUGAUGUAAAAAGGGCUAUAUAAAUACAUUUGAUUGAUUGACUUGAAAAGCUUUAUAUGCCAGAACAUUUUUGAGAGAAGCUGUAGCUGCUGGCAAUACUAAAACUGCAUUAUUACUGUCUAAAUGAAACAUUGAUCGAAGCGAAGAGAUUUUCAUCAGUGUUUUACAUGGGCUGGAGAAGAAUUUUAACACUGUUUGUGUGAUUGUGAACAAAGACGAACUCCAAUACCAUUCAGCUGGUAAAUUAUAGGCCCAGAGUGAGGGAAGGCAUGGAAGGUCUGCCUAGCUGCCUCGACAGUCUGAGCAAAUAAAGGAGUUGAGUAGAAGCUGUCCCCAUACACAGUAAUGGAAUCUAUUUAAGGCUAUUUUAUGAUAGCACUUCACAAACAUCCUGAACUUCAGUAAGCGAGGCCACCAUUGUUACCAAUAAAGACUACCUCAAACAAGUAAAAGUUUCCCUUUAUGUGAGGCAACUGAACUUAACUUAAAUGGAAAAGGCCUUGGCUGUACCAUAACCUUGAAUAUAAUUGAGUACCCAUAUACCAAAGGUCAUCAAGGUCAUUUCAUUUGAAAUGAUUUCUCCUGUCCUUGAAGACACCUCACAAACCUGAGGGCCAGGCAGGAAGUUACUGUGGAACCUUCCUCAACCACACAGCCCAGGCCUAUUCCAGUGAAUCUAAUUAACACUAUUGAAUCUGCCAGUGCAGGCCUGGCUCUAUGGUUGCAGCCUGGAGGCAGGUUUAGGGACGUAAAUACAAACUGCCUUUAGCCACCACAGCAGAGCUCCCAAGUCAGCCUAGUCAACCUCCCUAUUCAUUUAACUCUUUAGAGAAAGUGAAUCAUGCUUCACACACCUUGACCCUGUUUCACCCUGACACCCUUUCGAAUUGUGUUUCUAUUCAGUUGGCUUCUCAUUUAAUUUGAUUCAUCAUAUAGCGCCACAGAAGACCGUGGGCUUCUUAAUGCUCUCCAUUGAGUCUGAAAGUUUGUUGGAAAACGUACACUACUCAAUGAGAGGUGACUUCGCUUUCCUUUCCUGGGGAUUGACUGAAUACAAUAACUUCCUACUAUAUCAACCAUAACAAAUACAGUAAACAUACAGAUGUAGCAUCUUAAUUUCGAUCACCCUGUUGCAGGAGAACCUUCAUUGCAGGAAUUGUAAAACGUGUAGUGUAUUUGAGGUUUAAAAAGGCAGAAGUUUGUAAUUUCCACUUUGAAAUUUGAGACUUGAUUUUCCCCUAGGAAAAAUGUAUCAACCCCUAUACAUUUUUUAAUGAGUUAUAAUCCACAUAAUAAUUCUAAUUUCCUGUUGCUGCAGGAUUAUUUUCAAUGAUGACCCUCACUUUUGUCAUCUUCUUUCUUUCAUCUCCUCUCUGACCCCCACAUCUCGUUCCUUUGUAUCUUUUGGGGCAGCUUUUAUUUAGCUUAAUACAUGACUGACAACAUCUAAACCGCCGAUGGCAAAGUAAAUAAAGGAUUGUCAGGAUGUGACAGAUGGGUGACUUGCCCAGAGUUCUCUGGGGGCGGAGUAGACUUUUUAAGUCAUGUGUCAAUCACGUCUCUACUAAAUGACAGCUCUGCAGACAUGCCUGUGAAAUGAUGGGAACAAAUAUAUAAUCAACUGAGUAUCCUAAUGACUGAUACAACAACCGUAUAGCGUUGUUUUAGUUAGGUAAGCUGAGGACAAUGAAAAUCCUUAGUGUUUCAUAGCGUUAAUUAUUACUUGAGUUAAACUUAUAUCUUAAAUUUGCAUUACAGUACCUUUUAUUGUUAUCCCUGCAGAAUAUCUCCAAAUGAUGCCAUGAAGGUCAGUUCCCAUGACUAAAUGCCUCUUCCUUUUUAUAUGAUAAUACAAUUCCUACCUACCUUUCCAGUCUGGUGACUUGAUCGCCUCCCACCGCCCUCAGGGCCUUGCAUAAAGCAAUGCCGACCCGUCAUUAGCAUAAUGUGGUCACAAUCAGACAAUGGGCAAUGGGGAUUUAUCUGUCACAGAGUUGGGCUUGAGCUGUUCUCAUCUUAUUAAAAUGAUCACUGUUCCUCCCAAUGAAAUUGGUACUAUGGUCACUUUGUCGCUUUUAUUAUAAUUAUUAUUACUGUUCCUGCCAUUCCUACUGAUUAUUGAAAGAAACAGUGUUUCAGCUUCAGAGUGAUCAUUUAGACGAACUCAUAUUAAUCAAAAUUAACAAAACCCCAAACAGGUUGAAUAUUGCAUUCUGCAUUCAAAAUAGUGCAGCAUUAUGAAAUCAAAUGUUUUGACAAGUUAAUUAUUUAUGUUCCAAUUACAAUUAGC